AUGGCAGCACAUGAGAAUGAGGGCCAUAUUGAGCCAGACCUUUCCGAUUCCGACUCUGCAUUGGGAGAUGCUGGUUCUUCAGUGUAUUCAGAGAGUCUGCGGUCCAGCUUCUAUCAGAGUGUUAUGGAAAACGGACGUGGGUAUCACAAGUACAGAGACGGCAGUUACUUUAUGCCGGAGGAUGAAAGUGAACAGGAGAGGCUGGACAUGCAGCACGAAAUAUUCCUCAAGACGAUGAACCGCAAGCUCUUUCACUCGCCGGUACCACGUCAGGUCCACAGUGUAUUGGACUUGGGAACCGGUACCGGGUUAUGGGCCAUCGAUUUUGCAGAUGAGUAUCCCACCGCUAAAGUCCUAGGUACGGACCUCAGCGCCAUUCAACCUUCGUUUGUCCCGCCUAACUGCAAGUUCGAAAUCGACGAUUUUGACCUUCCUUGGACAUUUCCUCACAAGUUUGACUUUAUUCACGGAAGAAUGCUUGCUGGCUCCUCACCCUCUUUCCCCCAGCUCUUCCAGCAAGCGUAUGACGCCCUUGAACCUGGUGGUUGGUUUGAGAUGCAGGACUUCGCAUUCCCAGUCAGGUCCGAUGACGGUACCAUGGAGAAUACGCCUUAUGAGCAGCUGAACAACUAUCUUGUGAAAGCCCUAAAGAAACUGGGAAGAGACGGUGGGCUUGCCGCUGAAUAUAAAGACAUGAUGAAACGAACAGGUUUUGUGAACGUGGUUGAGAUUCCAUACAAGUGGCCACAGAAUCGAUGGCCAAAGGAUCCGCACUACAAAGAGCUCGGGGAGUGGAACAUGGUCAACACUUUGGAUGGCUUGUAUGCGGCUUCCGCCCGAUUAUGUGUCCAAGUACUGGGGAUGUCGACGGCGGAUUUGGAAGUGUUGCUUGCACAGUGUCGCAAAGACAUUCAGAAUCCUCGAAUUCACGCGUACUGGCCAAUAUACGUUGUGUAUGGACAAAAACCUGGAAAGCAAGAUAUGGCCUCGGAUACAGUAUCGAGGCAAAAGUGA